AUGUUUAAUUAUAUUAAGGUUUCUAGAAACAGCAUUAUAAAAUCUUUUAUAAAUGGCCACAGCUGUGAAUGUAUAACUAGAAAUAUACAUAAUGUCGGUCUGAAUGAUAUACCCAAGAUCACAACAACAGACAUUCGUAAAUUAUUACGACAAAAAGGUUUAGCUGUGCAGGAUGGAUUCACGGCACUUACUACUAAAUGUUCUAUAUGCUCUGGAGACCAGAAAUGUGGAGAUAGUAAAGUAUAUGUCAACAAAACUACUGGCUACUUUGUUUGUCCUAAAUGCAAUGUGCAUGGGGACUGGAAUAUACUAGAGAGACUUAUCAAAAAAGCAAAAAUUGAAGCAACUGUUAAAGAUUUCAUAGAAAAAUGUCAAAAACAAUCUGAAGAAUUUCAAAAUAAUUGGAAAAAAGUUAUCAAAGACACAGUAUCUUUAUCACAAUUGAGUGAAACAGAAUUACUUGAUCUAUUUAGAUUAUUUGAAUUCCCAUUCCAUCCUGAAGCCAAUAAAGUAUUAUCAGAAGUGAGAGUAUCAUCUGACCAUACAAUAUUGUAUUUCCCUUUAAAAAACUCUCUGGACCAUGUGGUAGGCUACCGGAAGGUCCAAGCUGGGAGAGAGGAUGAGACUGAGACUCAUGGGCUACAUACUGCAGGACUAUUCUCAUGUAGAGUGCCGAGGGUUAGCCGUAGCGACCAAGCAAUACUCGUACCUACCAUACAAGAUGUGCUACAUUUAGCUGCACAAAAAAUUCCUGGAGCUCUAGUCUGGCUGAGUAACUGCAGCCUACCGCCGAUCGUGUUGCCCACUCUAGAGGCAUACCAAAAACUAUGUCUUUGGGGAGACUGGGACAACAUGCGCGCCGUCGCAGAGAAACUUGGCGAAGAAAGAUGUCGAUUUGUCAGGCCAACAGAUGGUCUAGUGACGGCCUCAGAAGCAGCUGCAGCGGACCUCCCACUCAAGUCCUUAGUAGCUGAAGCAAAACCUGCUGCACAUCGGUCCAUCACGACAUUUGCAGCGCUGAGAGACGACGUCUACUUCGAAGUCACUAAUGUCGACCGGGUGCGCGGAAUAAAAUGGCGUCGAUUUCCCGCGCUAACUCGGCUACUAGGUGGUCACCGGCGCGGAGAGCUCACCGUACUCACAGGACCCACCGGCUGCGGUAAAACUACGCUAUGUGCAGAAAUAUCAUUGGACUUGGCGCAACAAGGGGUAAAUACUCUAUGGGGUAGUUUCGAGAUCCGCAACUCUCGGUUGGCUCGCACAAUGCUGCAGCAGUUCGCUGGAGUGCCUUUAGAGCAGAACCUGCAGGACUUCAACAAGUUUGCCGAUGACUUCCAGAAACUACCCAUCUAUUACUUGGCCUUUCAUGGUCAGCAACCUAUCAAAGUUGUUAUGGAGGCAGUAGAACACGCGCGGUACAUGCACGACAUAGCUCACGUGGUGGUUGACAACGUGCAGUUCAUGCUGGGGCUGGGCGAGGAGAGGGAAGGAGACAGGUACCACCGGCAGGACGCCGUCAUCGCAGCAUUCCGCACCUUCGCCACCGCUAGGCACUGCCAUGUUACACUCGUCAUGCAUCCUAGGAAGGAACGUGAAUCGGAGGACUUGUCAACAAGUUCUAUAUUUGGCAGUGCGAAAGCUUCACAGGAAGCUGAUAAUGUUCUCAUAAUUCAGGAUAAACGGCUAACAGCAGUUCGCGGCAAAAAGUACCUCCAAGUAGCCAAGAAUCGUUAUAGUGGGGAGCUUGGUAUUGUUCCCCUUGACUUUGACAAGGAUGCGCUCAGCUAUCAAGCCAAGAAAAAAACCAAAAACAAACAGGAUGAACCCGACAAACUAUUGAACCAAUGCAUCAAAGAAUACACAGUAGAUGACCCCAACUAUAUCGAAGAUUUCGAAGACAAGAGACCAAGGGUCGAUUACUCAGGGAAAUUACAAAAUACCCGUCACAAAGACCAAACCAGUAGUUAUUUAAGUGAUAUUUUGUAUACAAAAAGAUAG